GUUUCCCAUAUACAUUCUCUGAAUCCAAGAACUCGAAAACACCUCUGCUAGAUCUACGUGUCAGAAAGAUUCUGAAAAUGAAAAACUCUUCCAUUUUCUUUUUUAUGUAAAAAAAUUAAGAGUAAUAUAUAAAUGGAAGAAAGUUUCAGUAUAUAACUCAACUUUAGUCGUUUAGUAGUUACAUUUGAAAAUUGGAAAAAUGGAUUCUUCAGCGGCAAAUUCUGUCACAAAUUCCCCCAUUUCCUCCGCUCCUCAAUCUCCGCCGCCUCCUCCGCAACAACAUCAGGAGGUACCAACCCCAACUGUUACUGAAGAUGUGAAGGAAGUGACCGACGAUUCUUUCGAUGUAAUGGAUAGUGAAGAUGUUGAGAAGUUCAAGAAGAUUGAAACUGAGACGAGGAAAUAUUUGAUAUCCAAGUACUUUUCGGACAAGACUAUUUUUGGAG